GUUUGUAAGUCAAGUAAUCAGUGAUAGUCCAGGAGCAAGAUUAUGUCACUGUCUCUUUGCAUAUGAUAAUGCAGUCUACUUAUUUGGAGCCCUUAAUACCACCAAUACUUUUAAUACUUGCGAUAUGACAUGUAUAGUCGAACCUUCUUUGGGAUUGCUUCUAAUCAUUGGUGGAUCACAUCCACCAGAAGCCGGACUUCAAGUUUAUAACUUUACAUCAAAUGUUUGGAAUGAAGAUAAUGAAAUUCAAAAUUUGAAUAAUUAUCCUAAAGAGAUUGGUCUAAUUUUUCAACCACGAUCAGUUUUAAUCGAACCGAGAGUUAUACUCAUCUGGGGUGGUUUACCUUAUUAUUCUCUACUUCGUGUUAUUUAUAAAUUGAACAUGACAUCGUCAAAAAUUCUGAAUUGUGUUGGAAUUGCUCGUUCAAGAGAUGGCGUGUUUAUUUUCGGUGGCAUAGAUAAAUAUAUUCCGAUUAUAGAAAAUGGAGAAUACAGAGAAGGCGCCCCAAGUGAUUUAUCAUAUAUUUAUAAUAUUACGGAAUCACGUAUUAUUCAGCCGAGAUAUCAGCUUCCCUUCAAUUUUACUCAUUCAGUAGUAGGGGUUAUCGGCGAUUUUAUGCACAUUAUUGUGUUAAGUUAUAAUGAUUAUCUUGAGGAUAAACAGAUAUCUAUCAUUCCUUUUAAUUUUGCCCGAUUUAAAUUUGAAAGUCCCGUUGUAACAUCUACUAAUUUGACAAUGACCCGACUUCGUACGGCCGGAGUCCAGCCUCCUGGAUCAGAUGUAGUAUUGAUAUAUGGUGGUAUUAUUUAUCAAAAUUCAAGUGCACCCGAAACCGGUACUAUAUUAGACACGAUGUUAGUAUAUAAUAUGACACUUCGUUCGUGGACAGACACUGUGAAUCUUGUGACAGAUGCUUCUGCCUACAAUUUCGACUUUUCUAAUACAAUCAAUACUUUAAGCUUUCCAAUCAAUACUUCACGGUGGCCAAUAACGGCAAUUGGUUUAACUAUAUCAAUUGCUAUCUUAGCGGCUUGUAUUAUGGCCGUUGUGGUUUUCUUAGUUAAAAAAUUAAAGGAACUUAAAUCAGUCAUGUUUAUGGGA